AUGCAAGGCCACAGCUCGUACCAGAGCACCACACCAAGGUACCCGGAUUUGCCACAGGACUUUGAUGCAUCAUACCUUCCUAUCUCUGCACCAGAGCUACAACACUACGAGUUGACGUCAUAUGUUCCAGCUACGCUCGUCCGGUCUUGUAUGCCUGGUGAAUUCGAAUAUUAUGCUGGUAUGGAAGGUCCUGGAUCUGCCCCUCUGUCCGUGUGCGGUUCGUCGACAGUCGCUGAGAUCUCCCCACCUCAGUCUGAGGCUGGUAUUUCGCCACAUGAAUGUGAAGCUGGUGCCAACGUUUUUGCCUGGUCUGUCGCGGAAUCUUAUAGCGGCCCAUUCGUCCAGGAGUCAACCUUAGCGUCUGCUUAUGACACGUUUCCAAUGGAAUGGCCAAUUCAAGCGCCCAACACACCGCCUCCGGAACAGCAGAUCACAGCCCAGAUGACUGGAGCUGGAGAGCCGACCAUCUGUGAGAACCUAGGCCCUUCGGCUUUGCAACACAUGACCAAAUCACGGCGCUCGCCGCCGAGACCACUUCGACCAUCUAAUGGACGCAGGAACUCGGAAGACAGCAGCGAUGCGGACUCAAGCCCGUCAAAAGCAGACAAUGAACGCAUCAAUUACCGCACGGAUCCUCUAUAUGACAUGGACCCAGAUGCCGACGGAUUCUACCACUGUCCCAAGAAGAGCGAGACCAAGUGCGAUCACAAGCCAGUCAAACAAAAGUGCCUGUUUGCCAAGUUUCUGGACUCCCACCUCAGGCCGUAUACAUGCACACACGCCGCCACCAACAAGGACUGCGAGGAUCUGCGUUUCUCCUCGAACGCGUGUCUGUUCCGGCAUCAGAGAGAGGCACACGGGAUGCACAACCAUGGGAUGCAUCCCUAUCUCUGCGACUUUCCGGAUUGCGAAAGGGCCAAGCCUGGCAAUGGAUUUCCACGCCGAUGGAACCGACGAGACCAUAUGAAGCGUGUGCAUGGCUACGACAGCGAUGCUGACAGCCGGACCAGCCGCCAUGGACCGGUGCGCAAGCACAAGAACAAAUUCAGCUCAGUGCCCAUGAGCCGGAGCAGCUCUGCCAGGUCUUUGCCAUAUUCGAAGCACCGGCCGGACGUGAUUGUGCACCCUACCCAAAUGAUGUACACUCCUAUGGAAUACCCCGUGCCCUUCAUCGUGGACCAGAAUUUUCUGCUUGAUCCAUGCUUCGUCCAGUACCCCGGACAAGAAUAUUGA